GUGACAGUCUAUGAUUACAUUUGGAAAAAAGAAACAGCUAGCAAAAGCUCGAUCUCAAAUUUUCAUAUACAGCAACAAAACCAACUUGAUGCUACAACAUUGGAAGAUGACUCAAAGGAAAUCUCUACGCAUGUAUUGAUCUACACCAUUCAUCUUAGUGGUUUCCGGGAGCUAUACCGGCAGUUCCUUAGACUUCCAGAUGGAGCUAUUGUUGAA